AUGUUUUUUUUACAUUUUGAUGAUGAUGAUGAUGAUGAUGACCGUGGUCUGGCAGUUGUCACAAAGAUCUAUGAAGGAAAGGCAGACUGGUCAGAACUGUUCACACCCUCAAACUUCUUCCAGAAAUACAAACACUACAUUGUGCUGGUUGCAAGGGCAGAGGAAGAGGAACACUAUCUAGAAUGGCAUGGCUAUGUGGAGUCAAAGAUCCGCUUGCUUGUGGGGAAUCUGGAAAGAAACCCAUUCAUCAAGCUUGCUCAUAUCAUGCCAGAGUCAUUUGGUCCACUCAAUGAAACAGAAGGAAAGUUCAUGUGCAAGUGGUUCAUCGGUCUUGUAUUCAACAACACUCCAUCAGCCAAUAUUGACCUCACAUUCGAUAUACAGUCUUUCUCUGAUGUUGUUCACAAGCAAGCCAUCCAUCUAAAGUUGUUUAAGGAUGACAUGAAGCUUGAGGUCACAUAUGAAAAGUUCUCCAAUUUGGUUUGUAGGAAACAGCUUGAGCAGUAUGUUGCCAAGGAGAUAAUAGAAAGAGCAGGCAAGAUUGCACGGAAGGAUAAAAAGGUUAUUACAGCAACCAUCAACUCCGCUGGUCUGCAUCCCAGAUCUAAAGAAGAGGUAGGAGACUUUUCUGGGGAAUACUGGUUUCAACAGCUGGGCUCGCCAUAG